AUGGGUUCUCUGGUCCUGCAGCUGAGCGCUGUCCUCUGCCUGGUGGCUCACUCAGUUUCUGGCAGCCCCAUCAUGGGCCUUGAGCAGUCACCCCUGGAAGAAGACAUGCCUUUCUUCGAUGAUAUCUUCACAGAGCAAGACGGUAUUGACUUUAACACACUGCUGCAGAGCAUGAAGGACGAAUUUCUCAAGACAUUGAACCUGACAGACAUUCCCCUGCAGGACACAGCCAAAGUGGAUCCGCCAGAGUACAUGCUGGAACUCUACAACAAAUUCGCCACUGACAGGACCUCUAUGCCAUCAGCUAACAUCAUCCGGAGCUUCAAGAAUGAAGAUCUGUUUUCUCAACCGGUCAGUUUUAAUGGGCUCCGGAAAUACCCUCUCCUCUUCAAUGUGUCCAUCCCUCACCAUGAAGAGGUCAUCAUGGCUGAACUCAGGUUGUACACACUGGUGCAAAGGGAUCGUAUGAUGUAUGAUGGUGUGGACCGUAAGAUCACCAUUUUUGAAGUGCUAGAGAGUGUCGAGGGUGCCGAGGAUGAAAGGAGCAUGCUGGUCUUAGUGUCAACAGAGAUCUACGGAACCAACAGUGAGUGGGAGACAUUUGAUGUCACGGAUGCCACCAGGCGUUGGCAGAAGUCUGGCCCAGCAACCCAUCAGCUGGAGAUUCACAUCGAGAGCACACAGAACCAAGCUGAGGACACCGGAAGGGGGCAACUGGAGAUAGACAUCAGUGCCCAGAAUAAGCAUGACCCUCUGCUUGUCGUGUUCUCUGAUGACCAAAGCAAUGACAAGGAGCAGAAAGAGGAACUAAACGAAAUGAUCACUCACGAGCAGGAUCUGGACCUGGACACCGAUGGUUUUUCCAGCGGUCCUGACGAAGAGGCCUUGUUGCAGAUGAGGUCUAACAUGAUCGACGACUCUACUGCUCGAAUCAGAAGGAACGCCAAGGGCAAUUACUGCAAGAAGACCCCACUCUACAUCGACUUCAAGGAGAUUGGCUGGGACUCCUGGAUCAUCGCGCCACCUGGGUACGAAGCCUAUGAAUGCCGCGGUGUCUGUAAUUACCCUCUGGCAGAGCACCUCACACCCACAAAGCAUGCUAUUAUCCAGGCCUUAGUCCAUCUCAAGAAUUCCCAGAAAGCUUCCAAAGUCUGCUGUGUGCCCACGAAGCUGGAUCCCAUCUCCAUCCUCUAUUUAGAUAAAGGUGUUGUUACCUACAAGUUUAAAUAUGAAGGAAUGGCUGUGUCUGAAUGUGGCUGCAGAUAG